AUGGAUGUUAGAAGAUUGAUGAGCCCUUAUUUUCCGCAAGGAAAUACUGCUCAAAGAUCCCAGCCUCACUUGUUUUACCCGCACAACUCUGCUUCAACUCCUUCCAGAGAGUAUUUCCCCCAAGCACAGGAGUCCACUGAGGAGGGCCUCUGCAUGUUAGAGGAUGAUGAAUUUAGUGAUUUUGAGGAGGAGGAUCCUACAGAAUCUGUACCGUCCAGGCUAGUACAUCAAGCUGCUACAAGAACGGAUGCUACCUCAGAAUUGGUCCAUGCUCUUGCUCUUCUCACAGGUCAAUACAAGCUUGACAGUGAUCAUGCAAAGGAUCUACUCUUAUUUCAAAAGCUGCUUGAAGACCAUGACAAAAUUCUUGUAUCACUUUCAGCUGAAGUAGCCACCCUCUGCAGUCUUGUUAAAACUCAGUACAUAGCGAGCAACCUCAUGAAUGAGGGUAACUGCACUAACUUUGUCCUUAUGUAUCAAGACGUUAUGAAGUGUGUCGCACAACAGACCACUGAGCUUGGGAUUGAAGAUCAGUGGAAAAACAGAAAAGACAAGAAGCUGAUUACAAAUUCACAGCUUGGUAGAUGGCUCAUCAAAAUUAACUCUUGA